CUGUCCGAGUUUCUUCUCGUUUCGCACGAGGCCUUUAUUACAACUGCCGAUUCUGGUGCAGGCGGAAGCGAACAGAUUCAUGCGAGCGUCGAAUGUGACGGUCUUGUUUCGUUCCGGACCAGGAGGGGAAAUCAUCAGCUCGCCCCUGCCAUCUUGAAUCCCCGCACGUUCUCUUGGGGGCGCCAAGAAUUCGUUUCUCGCCAGGAUUUCCCCCGGGGCGUCGUCCGCUCCGAUUCUUGGAGCUGGUGCGAAUCUUUGUUUGCACCCGGAAUCUGGGUGCGUGCGUUGCGGUGAAUCAUCUGGGCCAAUUUCCUUCCAUUAGAUUUGUAGGAGGUUUGCCUGUUGUCGUCGAUAUUGUAUACUAGUAAUCGAUAUCAAUAAGAUUUGUUCUGCUCGUCAAGUAUUGUGGCCAUGGGCACUGCUAAAGGAGUUCUCCAAGUUUUCUCCGGAGUUGCUCCACGCAAUCAUUGUUUUGACCCGAGUUCUAAUGCAUUGGGCUCGGCGUAUUCGUUUAACUCUCAUCUGAUUAGUACCAAAAGAAGUGCAUCAAAGAAAAUAAAAAUCCCUGUCUAUGCAAGCAUACAGUUGAGAAAUUCUGAAACCUUUGGGGUGCAAGGAUUUGGAGAGAGUUCAUAUAAGGAUAGGAGUAUCAAUCGGUCGAAGUUUUCAAGUUGCAGAUGCCAACGAGCUGAUAGUGUUAGUGGGACAACCACUGGGAGUUGGUUUGUUGAUAGUGCCGAUGAUUUAAACCCCUUAAAUACUAUGGUAAAUGGGCCACAUGUUCUGGAUUUUGACGAUGUCAAGCAAUUGAAAGAGGAGAAAACAGAUUCAAUGUCAAAUGGUGCACCCGGAGCCAGCAGUACCAUUCACAGGGCUAAGGUUGACCCCAUUGAGGAAGAAGCAUGGGAUCUAUUGCGUGACUCAGUUGUUUAUUACUGUGGAAGUCCUAUUGGAACUAUUGCUGCAAAUGAUCCAACCAGCUCUAACGUUUUGAACUACGAUCAGGUCUUUAUUCGUGACUUCAUUCCUGCUGGUAUAGCUUUUCUCUUGAAGGGAGAGUAUGAUAUUGUGCGGAACUUCAUUCUUCACACUCUUCAGUUGCAGAGCUGGGAGAAGACAAUGGACUGCCAUAGUCCUGGUCAAGGUUUAAUGCCUGCUAGUUUUAAGGUUCGCACGGUUCCUUUGGAUGGGGAUGAUUCUGCCACAGAAGAGGUAUUAGAUCCUGACUUUGGGGAGGCGGCUAUAGGUCGCGUUGCACCAGUCGAUUCUGGUUUAUGGUGGAUUAUUCUUUUACGUGCGUAUGGCAAGAUAUCUGGGGAUCUCUCUGUUCAAGAGAGGAUCGAUGUUCAAACAGGAAUAAAGAUGAUUUUAAAGCUGUGCCUGGCUGACGGGUUUGAUAUGUUCCCUACAUUAUUGGUGACUGAUGGUUCUUGUAUGAUUGAUCGGCGAAUGGGAAUCCAUGGCCACCCUCUCGAAAUUCAGGCACUCUUUUAUUCUGCCUUAAUGUCCGCGCGUGAGAUGCUUGCUCCAGAGGAUGGAUCUGCUGAUCUAAUUCGUGCUCUGAACAAUCGUCUGGUAGCCCUCUCCUUCCAUAUCAGGGAGUAUUAUUGGAUUGAUUUAAGAAAAUUAAAUGAAAUUUACCGGUACAAGACGGAAGAGUACUCAUACGACGCAGUCAACAAGUUCAACAUUUAUCCCGAUCAAAUUCCUCCAUGGUUGGUCGAAUGGAUUCCAAAUAGAGGGGGCUACUUAAUUGGGAACUUGCAACCUGCCCACAUGGAUUUCCGAUUCUUUUCUCUUGGGAACUUCUGGUCCAUUGUUAGCGGGCUUGCAACCGUGGAUCAGUCCCAUGCCAUUUUGGAUCUCAUCGAAGCAAAGUGGGCCGAUUUAGUUGCCGACAUGCCAUUUAAGAUUUCUUAUCCUGCUCUUGAAGGACAAGAAUGGCAAAUCAUCACCGGAAGUGAUCCUAAAAACACGCCGUGGUCCUAUCACAAUGCGGGUUCCUGGCCAACUCUGCUUUGGCAGCUCACAGUGGCUUGCAUAAAGAUGAAUAGAGCAGACAUUGCCGUGAAGGCUGUUGAGAUCGUGGAAAGGCGCUUAUCAAGAGACAGGUGGCCCGAAUAUUAUGACACGAAAAGAUCAAGAUUCAUCGGCAAACAGGCCCGCCUAUUCCAGACCUGGUCGAUUGCGGGCUAUCUCGUGGCAAAGCUUUUGCUUGCCGAUCCGGGUGCUGCGAAGAUUCUCAUAACCGAUGAGGACCCCGAGCUAGUCAAUGCAUUCUCUUGCAUGAUUGGUGCAAACCCAAGGAGAAAGCGUGGCCGGAAGAACACGAAGCAGAGCUAUAUAGUCUGAAUUGUGUCUUACAUCUUGCCAUUCCCAACAGCCGGGUUGCUUGCUUGUAUAGAUAGGUUAAGUAUUUUUUCCGCUCAUAUAUGGGUCUAUUUACUAAUCAAAUAAUGAUUAAUUAAUUUCAAACGAAAAUUGCGAACUAGUGUUCUAAACGCAUCCUUCCUUUUCCUCCCCCUAUUAUUGCUGGGCGUUGCACAGGACAGGCUUCCUUGAUGCAAUAGUAAAAUUUGCAAAGAUAUUACAUUCUUAAUUUAGCUUCCUGUAUAUCCAAGUGUUUAUGUUGGAGAAAUAAGAUGAUGGUGUUGAUUAUGUUUA